CUUCUACUUUAGUCUGGGCGGGAGAGCGAGCGCAAGAGCUCUUGGGAGAAAUUUGGCUCAGCAGCAGUUGAUUAGUCAGGCCUGAGGAAGAUGGCGUCCUCGGAGCAGUCCGAGCAGCCGAGCCAGCCAAACUCUUCUCCAGGAAGUGAAAACGUGGUACCUCGAGAGCCACUGAUUGCCACAGCAGUGAAGUUCCUACAGAAUUCUCGGGUCCGGCAGAGCCCACUUGCAACCAGGAGAGCAUUUCUUAAGAAGAAAGGACUGACAGAUGAAGAGAUUGACCUGGCUUUCCAGCAGUCAGGCACUGCUUCUGAUGAGCCUGCAUCCUUGGGCUCGGCUGCCCAGGUGGUUCCUGUCCAGCCACCUCACCUCAUUUCCCAGUCAUACAGCUCCGGAGGUUCCCGAUGGCGAGAUUACGGUGCCUUGGCUAUCAUCAUGGCAGGAAUUGCUUUUGGUUUUCACCAGCUCUACAAGAAGUACCUGCUGCCCCUCAUCCUGGGAGGCCGAGAGGACAGGAAGCAGCUGGAGAGGAUGGCAGCGAGUCUCUCCGAGCUGAGUGGCAGUGUGGCCCAGACAGUGACUCAGGUACAGACGACACUGGCCUCUGUUCAAGAGCUGCUGAGACAACAGCAGCAGAAGGUCCAGGAGCUGGCCCAUGAGCUGGCCGCCGCCAAGGCUACCACAUCUACCAACUGGAUCCUGGAGUCCCAGAAUAUCAAUGAACUCAAGUCGGAAAUCAACUCCUUGAAAGGACUUCUUUUGAAUCGGAGGCAGUUCCCACCCUCCCCAUCAGCCCCGAAGAUCCCCUCAUGGCAGAUCCCAGUCAAGUCUCCAUCACCCUCGAGCCCUGCAGCUGUGAACCACCACAGCAGCAGUGACAUCUCGCCGGUCAGCAACGAGUCGAACUCAUCGUCUCCUGGGAAAGAAAGCCACAGCCCCGAGGGCUCCACAGCCACCUACCACCUUCUGGGCCCCCAGGAUGAGGGGGAGGGAGUGGUAGAUGUCAAGGGUCAGGUGAGGAUGGAGGUGCAGGGCGAGGAAGAGAAGAGGGAGGACAAGGAGGACGAGGAUGAUGAGGAUGAUGAUGAUGUAAGCCAUGUAGAUGAGGAAGACGUCCUGGGGGUACAGAGGGAGGACCGCCGGGGUGGGGACGGGCAGAUCAAUGAGCAGGUGGAGAAGCUGCGGCGGCCAGAAGGUGCCAGCAACGAGAGUGAGCGGGACUAGGGCUGGCACAGCCACCCAUGGCUCUGGCAGCCUGGGGAUUUGGUUGGCAGGUGGGCAUGGGCUGUGACUUUGUCUCCAGCAGGUUGGCGGGGACCCAGGUCGGGGCAGGGCUGCCGUGGGCUGCAGCAAUGUGGGGUUGCGUUUCUGUUCACCAGCCUCCCAAACACCUACUCCAACCCCAGCCCUGCCACUGCCUCAACUCAGUCCUAGCCCAGGUGGCCCUGGCUGUUGCUGGCCAGGCCGAGGGUGCAGGAGCUCUGUACUCAAGCCCCUGCUCGGCCACUUCCUGGACAGGUGUCUUGUCUAGGUGUGUUCACUGAGUGUCUUGACUAACAUGACACCAUGCAUGGCCAGAGCUCGUGUCAUCUCCUGUCUCCUGUUGCCUCAGUGUGAGGGGUUCUGCUGCCCCCCACUGUCCCCUGGGCCUGGCCUGUGACACCUUCUUCACCCUGUUCCGAAAGCCAGAGCCCUGGAUCUUUUUGUCCCAUGGGCCUGCCAGGACCCAGCCUCCCCACAGCCAGGUCCUGCCUGACAGAUGCUACCUUUGGGUACCUGUCCCCAGCCAGUCCCACUGGCCUUGUCCUCUAACCACACGCGACCAUCCUCGCUUGCCGUGUUAUGGCUCGGCUAACCCUGUGGUGAGACCUGCUUCUUCUCCCAUGGUGGAGCCAGGCAGUGGGGCCACCCUGACCAACAGCCACGUCUGUCCUUCCCACUGAGAAACACAUGUUCAUUUAUGUGAUCAUGUAUAGAUUUCAGAAUAUAAGAUAUGACUGUACAUAAUUGUAAUAAAUAUGAGUUGCCACUAUUUAA